CUUACACCUUCCCUUCGCGCUUCAGAAUCACCACCAUGCCCAUCCUUGCACUUGAGAUCAAGGCCUCGCUCGAGAACAUCACCAACCUGGUCCCUGCUGAUGCCGACCAUACCUGGCACUUCAAGAUCCAGUGCACAAAGUGCCGUGAGAUCGAUUCUAAUUAUAUCACUAUGAAUGCCAUCGAAAAGGCUGAGAUGGGAUCUGGACGUGGCGAGGCCAAUCUGGUUAUGAAGUGCAAAUUCUGCAAGUGCGAGAGUUCUGCCGAUUUCGUCUCAAAGCCCGUGCCCUAUACAUUGGAGAAGAGCGAAAAAUUCGCGCCCAUCGUCACGAUCGAAUGCCGUGGAUUGGAACUGGUCGGAUUCGAGCCAAGGGACGGAUGGAAGGCCGAGGGCGCAGAGUCAGGAACUGUGUUUGAUGAGAUCGAUUUCACGGAGGGUGACUGGGGCGAUUACGAUGAGAAGUCCGAGUUGCCCGUUGCCAUCUCCAGCAUCGAGGCCCGAUUCGUCAAGACCAAGUAGAGAAAAAAAACACCUCCCUAGGAGUGCACCUGUUCGUUAAUAAAGGAACCCAAGAGCUUGCGAUACAUUUCCGAUGGGAUGCACAC